AUGGACAAUCUGAUUGAAAUCAAAAAUCUGACGUUUUUUCGUGGCGAGCGCAUGAUUUUCGACAACAUGUCCCUGGAUGUGCCCCGCGGUAAAGUGACUGCGAUUAUGGGACCAAGCGGCACGGGUAAAACCACAUUGCUGCGCAUCAUUGGCGGCCAGUUGAAACCUGAUGAUGGGGUGGUGCUGGUCAAUGGUAAAGACCUCUGUCAGAUGAGCCGUGAUGAACUGUUGGCGUUUCGUCGUAAUCUCGGCAUGUUGUUUCAGAGUUCAGCGUUGUUCACUGACUUGUCAGUUUUUGAGAACGUGGCGUUUCCCAUGCGCGUUCACACGAACUUAUCGGAAGAAUUGAUUCGUGAUCUGGUGUUGAUGAAACUUAACGCCGUAGGUUUGCGGGGUGCACGAGAUCUUGCGCCAUCAGAGUUGUCCGGUGGUAUGGCCAGACGCGUCGCGCUGGCGCGAGCCAUCGCUCUGGACCCGGACCUGAUGAUGUACGACGAACCGUUUACCGGUCAGGACCCCAUAGCCAUGGGUAUGCUGGUCGAUUUGAUUCGCCAGCUAAACGUGGCGUUAGGUAUUACCAGUUUGCUGGUUUCCCACGACAUACACGAAACAGUCAGUAUUGCCGACCAGAUCUACAUUAUCGCGGAAGGUAAAGUUAUUGGUGCGGGUUCGCCCGAAGAAUUGAGGGACGGCUCGACGCCAAUGGUGAAACAGUUCAUGCAUGGGGAUAAAGAAGGUGUGCGCUUUCUGGAUUUUCUCAGUUCGUUGGGCCGUGCCAGUAUUUUGUGGUUUCGCGCAAUGGCGGGUCUGCCGAGGUGGGGCGACGUCGCCCUGGUAGUCAAACAGAUCUACAAUGUCGGCUUCAUGUCGCUGAUCAUCAUUGUGCUUUCAGCCUUUUCUAUCGGCGCGGUUCUGUCUCUGCAGUUUUAUACGCAACUCGCUCGCUUUGGGGCGCAGGAUGCAACUGGGGUGGGCUUAGCUCUGGUGUUGCUUCGUGAGCUGGGUCCGGUGGUCACCGCACUACUUUUUGCGGGUCGCGCAGGCUCGGCCUUAACCGCAGAAAUCGGUUUGAUGAAAACCACUGAACAGCUGUCCAUUAUGGAGAUGAUGGGCGUUGAUCCGCUGCGACGCAUCGUUGCGCCUCGGAUAUGGGCGGGAUUAUUAAGUUUGCCGCUGCUGACCGCCAUUUUCAGUAUGGUUGCCGUUUAUGGUGGGGUUGUGGUUGCAGUUAACUGGUUAGGCGCCGACCCAGGAGGCUUCUGGUCUGGCAUGCAGGACGGCGUUGAGCUCUGGGAGGACCUUGGAAAAGGUAUGGUAAAAAGUCUGGUUUUUGCUUUGCUGGUGACCUGGGUAGCAGUGUUUCAGGGUUAUGAUGCGCCGCCCACGGCGGAAGGCAUGUCCAUGGCCACCACGCAAACGGCCCGAUUUGAUGACGUAGCCGGGCUGCGUCAAAGGGCAAGGGUCAGUAUGGCGGGUGUGACCGUGGGUCGGGUGAAAGAAAUUGAUGUGGAUAUGCAGUGGGGUGAUGCCAUUGUCACCCUGGAAAUCAUGGGUGAGCCGGGCAACCUCACCAUCGACACCGGCGCAAAAAUUCUGACCGAUGGUGUUGUCGGAGUAGAAACAGAAGCUAUGUCGACACAGGCAGAUGCCGGCUUGCUGGCCAUUACCCAAGCGCUUGCCUCAGAAACUGCGGAGCAGGCAGUGGAGCUUGCAACGGUUGAGGUAUUGGCUUUUGUUGAACGAGGGCGGGACUACGCGGAAGAGGAUGCCGAACGGUUCUAUAAAGAAGGCGAAGCAUUAUUGCGCCCGAUGAUCGAUUUCAAACGAUUUUCCCGCAACGUGAUGGGCCCUUAUGCGCGCAAAGCCACCGCGGAACAAUUGGAAACGUUUUCCGAAUCGUUUAAGUGGAGUCUGGUCCGCACAUAUGCGCUGGCCAUGCUUGAAUUUGGCGACGGUGAGGCCACAGUCCUGCCGCCGCGUAAACCCAGCAGUAAUCCUGACCUUGCCAACGUAACCCAGGAAAUUAACUAUGAAGGUAAAACCUAUGUGGUUGUCUACCGCAUGCGCAGAGGUAAAGAGGAUCGUCUCUGGAGCGUCCAGAAUCUGGUUGUGGAAGGGGUGAACAUCGGCCUGAACUACAAAUCACAAUUCACUUCGGCCAUGAAGGAUCCAAAGUUCAAUGGUGAUCUGGAUGCGGUUAUUGCGUCCUGGAGUGAAUUUGUUGAGGCUGAGCAGCCUGCUGAAAGUGCAGCGGAAUAG